AUGAGUUUCAUUGAAAGUGCUAUUGAAAAAAAGUCCGGUCUCGAUCUUAAUCAUGAUGGAUUUGUUGGAAGUGAAAAAAAUGCUGAGAAACAAUAUGGUGUAGAUUUUAACGGUGACGGAUAUAUUGGAGGAGAAGGGAUAGAAAGCAAAAUCGAAAGAGCAACUCAUGUUGAUCUAAACAAUGAUGGUAUUAUUAGUCGUCCAUUAGACACAUAUCCUACUACUUAUUAG